AUUUUUUUUAUUUAUUUAAUUGUUCUUAUUUAUGUUUAUUUUAUGAAUUUGAUCAUGUCAUUCACACAUUUACAGUAUGCUAAAUAUCCACCAAUCACAGCAUUUUCUACCUACUUCCACUUCCUGUUCUAUCGUAUGAAUACAUUUUUUAUCACACCAAAACAUAUUGCUAUUUAAAACUUGAUAAUUCAUGCUCAUGUCUUUAGCAUUUAAUCGACAUGGAUAAUCUUAGUCAGCAGAUCGAUGAAGUUGAAGCCUUAGUGGCUAUUUACGGAGACGAUUGGCAAGUAGAAGAUGAAGAGAAUCGAGCUUUUAGUAUGAAUAUACGUGAUGGAGAUAAAUUCGUAAAACUUUAUGUUAAAUUAUCUAAUGAUUAUCCUUCUUCUGCUCCACCGUAUUAUGAAUUAUCAGCACCUCAUUUAAAUUUUCAACAAAAGAAUCAUAUUUGUCAACUUCUUGAAGAGGUAUACUUAUCAGCGAUCGGCGAACCAAUUUUAUAUGCGUGGAUUGAAAGAAUUAGAGAAGAAUUACAAAUAAAUAAUAACAAUGAUCUUAAAGAACCAAAUUCAGAAGAAAAUGAUGAAAAGAUAGCCCAAAUAGUACCGUCAUUAAAUGAUAUCGAAGAAUGUCCAAAGAUUUAUCAUGGUGAUGUAAUUGUAGAUAGAAAAAGUUCAUUCCAAGGCCAUGCAGCUCAAGUAUUUUCUGUUAAACAAGUCAAGUUAGUUUUGAAGAGUUUGCUGGAAAUCAAAAAAAUAGAUCAAGCUACUCAUAAUAUUUAUGCAUACAGAAUACUGAAUGAUGAUACAAAAAUAGUAGCUCAAGAUUGUGAAGAUGAUGGAGAAAGUCAAGCAGGUGGAAGAUUAUUACAUUUAUUACAAAUAGUUGAUGUAAAAAAUGUGAUAGUUGUUGUAUCCAGAUGGUAUGGAGGAAUACAUUUAGGACCAGAUAGAUUUCGACACAUAAAUAAUGCAGCUCGACAAGCUUUAGAGACUGCAAAUUUAAUAAGCAGAAAUAAAGAUCACAAAAAGUGAAUUUGUAUAUAUGUAAAUAACAAUAUCUUUGAUACAACAAUGCUUGAUUUAUAUAUUUUUUUAUGACUAGCAUAAAAAAUAUCAAAACAACUUUAACUAACAUUAAAAUAAUCAAUGUAUAAGAUUCUGAAGAAUAGA